AGGAGCCGAUUCGUCUACGGUACGUCGGCCCACACAAUUAUUUCCCCAUGAUUCUUUUCUACCUUGGACAUGAUUCUUUUGCGUAAAGAAAGUGUGAGAUCUUUGGGUUAGGAUAUAAUACAGGAAAGUAGUAAGUGUGGAAAUUACGAGUGCCCAAAUCUUGAUCCUUUUGUCCGAAACACUCGAACCUUCGCUUUAGAUCGCCCGCUUUGCUGUGAUGCACGCAUGGGCACCGCACAGCCGCCCUCGUAGGAGUAGUGAUUAGCCAGUCAAAUCUAAAUACCAAAGCAAAUGGGGAUUUUUUUUUUGCUAAGAAUAAAUGCAUGACAUGCGCCAGUCUGUCUCGAUGAGAUGUAACAUGCAGACCCAAAUGCUAUAAUAGUAGAACUACGUUCCGGCUCGCGCCACUUGGUGUCAUUGCUGCCACCGCUGCAUUUCCUUUUUCUUUUUGUUUGUUCUCGUUCACUCGUCACCUACCUAGCCGUCAUUCUCCGGGUCAAUUCUCGAAAUGCCGUCCACGGACAGUGCCAACCAGUCAGAACGAUUGGGAAUUUUGACAGGACCUUCGUACCAGCACAUAAUUUCGUGUGUCGUCUCGCGUCGCAGCAUUUAAUCCUCUCGAUUUCACGUAUCGUCCAGCCAAAGCAAGGAAAGAUCGGGGGGUGGAUGAGAUCAGGAGGACGCGGGGUGUUGUAGCUGCUGCUGCGACAGAGCGAUGAGCUUGCAGAGAGACUUGCCGACGGCCACGGCGGAGGAGCUGCUGGAGCGGGCGCGGGGGCUGGUGCCGGCGGCGCUGGACGCGGCGCGCACGGCGGCGGGAUUCGGUGGGCGGUGGAAGGCCAUUGCGACGAGGCUGGAGCGGGUGCCGCCGUGCCUGUCAGACCUGUCCAGCCACCCCUGCUUCUCCAAGAACUCGCUCUGCCGUGAGCUGCUGCAGUCCGUUGCCGCCACGCUCACUGAGGCGACCGAGCUCGGCGCGCGAUGCCGCGAACCUCCGAAGGCCGGGAAGCUGCAGAUGCAGAGCGACCUUGACGCGCUCGCGGGGAAGCUGGACCUCAACCUCCGGGACUGCGCGCUUCUCAUCAAGACCGGCGUGCUCUCCGACGCGACAGUCCCGGCGGCUCCUCUGGCCGAGGCAGCGACGCAGACGGACGUGCGGGAGCUGCUCGCCAGGCUGCAGAUCGGGCACGCCGAGGCCAAGCACCGGGCGGUGGACGGGCUCCUGGACGCGCUGCGGGAGGACGAGAAGAGCGUGCUGUCGGCGCUCGGCCGCGGCAACGUAGCCGCGCUUGUGCAGCUGCUCACGGCGACGGCGCCCAAGAUCAGGGAGAAGGCGGCCAGUGUCCUCUGCCUGCUAGCGGAGUCCGGCAGCUGCGAGGGCUUGCUCGUGUCAGAAGGCGCGCUGCCGCCUCUCAUCCGGCUGGCGGAGUCCGGCAGCCUCGUCGGACGGGAGAAGGCCGUAAUCACUCUGCAGCGGCUGUCCAUGUCGCCCGAGAUCGCCCGUGCCAUCGUCGGCCACAGCGGCGUUCGCCCGCUGGUCGACGUCUGCCAGACCGGGGACUCCAUCUCGCAGUCCGCGGCGGCCGGCGCGCUCAAGAACCUCUCCGCGGUGCCGGAGGUCCGGCAAGCCUUGGCCGAGGAAGGCAUCGUGCGCGUCAUGAUCAGCCUGCUGGACCGCGGCGCCGUGCUCGGCUCCAAGGAGUACGCCGCCGAGUGCCUGCAGAACUUCACAUCGAGCAACGAUGGCCUCCGUCGGGCCGUGGUGGCCGAGGGCGUGCUGCCCAGCCUGCUCACCUACCUCGACGGCCCGCUGCCGCAGGAGCCAGCCGUGGGUGCGCUCCGGAACCUCGUGUCCAAUGUGUCGCCGGGCAUGCUCGUGUCCCUCGGCGUGCUCCCGAGGCUGGCGCACGUGCUCCGGGACGGCUCCGUGGGUGCCCAGCAAGCCGCUGCUGCGGCCAUCUGCAGGAUCUCGGGAACGCCAGAGAUGAAGCGCCUGGUGGGCGAUCACGGGUGCAUGCCGCUGCUGGUGCGGCUACUGGAGGCCAAGUCGAACGGGGCGCGCGAGGCGGCGGCGCAGGCGACAGCGACGCUGAUGAACGGCUGCCCGGUGAACGCGAGGGACGUGAAGAAGGACGAGAAGAGCGUGCCGAACCUGGUGCAGCUGCUGGACCCGAGCCCCGGGAACACGGCCAAGAAGUACGCCAUCUCCUGCCUGCUGUCGCUGUCGGCGAGCAAGCGCUGCAAGAAGCUGAUGAUUGCGCACGGGGCCAUUGGUUACCUGAAGAAGCUCUCUGAGAUGGAUGUCGCCGGUGCCAAGAAGCUGCUCGAGAAGCUGGAGCGCGGCAAGCUUCGCAGCCUCUUCAGCAGGAAGUAGUAGUACAAUAGCCGGGCGUUCUGUUUUGCCGUAACCUGUAAAAAGAAUAGAAAAAUUCCCGUCCUGUGUUCAUAGUCUCUAUGAAGGCAGUGCAGAGUACUGGUGCUAUCUCAAUCUUAACAUCGCAAUAUCGCCUGUUUAUGUGUAUUAUGUCAGCCAGUUCAUUUAGUUGUUAACUUAGGCUGGAGUGUGUACUCCUAAUGCCAAUAAAAGGUGUUCAGUCUGGAUCAUUUUGCA